AGUGGAGGCGGGUACGGCCACACGCGUUUCAUCCACGGAGCUGCUGUGCUUGAGGAACUGAAGCCAUGGCAACCGCUUUAGCAGAAGCGGAGACUCGUCAGCGCUUGCUGAGGACCGUCAAGAAAGAGGUGAAGCAGAUCAUGGAGGAAGCUGUUACUAGAAAGUUUGUCCAUGAAGACAGCAGCCAUAUUGUCAGCUUCUGUGCUGCGGUAGAGGCCUGCAUACUGCACGGCCUGAAGCGUCGCGCGGCUGGCUUCCUGCGCAGCAACAAGGUGGCGGCCCUCUUCACCAAGGUGGCAAAGUGCUUCCCCCCCGCUGAGGAGCUCUGUAAGAAGGCCCAGGAGGUGGAGCAGCUCAUGGACACCAGUCGGAGGAGCCAGACUCUGGCUAGUCAGGAUAGCAUCCGCAAGCUCCCCAGGAUCCCCAGUCUUACUCCCCAGGGCCACAAGCACCUGUGGAUCCGCACUGCCCUCAUUGAGAAGGUCCUGGACAAGAUCGUACUUUACCUGGUGGAGAACAGCAGUAAGUUCUAUGAGAAAGAGGCGAUAAUGAUGGAUCCGGUGGACGGACACAUUCUUGCCUCUUUGUUAGUGGGUCCCUGUGCCCUUGAGUACACUAAGAUGAAGACGGCCGAUCACUUCUGGACCGACCCCUCAGCUGACGAGCUGAUGCAGAGGCACCGCAUCCACAGUGGACACUGCCGACAAGACUCACCCACCAAGAGGCCUGCCCUGUGUAUCCAGAAGAGGCACUCUAGCAGCAGCAUUGACGAGAGGCCAUCUCCCUCCCCCUCCGCACGGGACUACGUGGAGUCCCUGCACCAGAACUCCAGAGCUACCCUCCUCUUCGGCAAGAACAACGUGCUCGUACAACCGAGGGACGAUAUGGAGGCCAUCCCCGGCUACCUCUCGCUCCAUCAGAUGGCCGACGUCAUGACUCUGAAGUGGACCCCCAAUCAGCUGAUGAACAGAUCAAUGGGGGAGCUGGAAUAUGAGCGCAGUGUUUACUGGGAUUAUGCCAUGACUAUUCCUUUGGAGGAGAUUGUCUAUCUUCAUUGCCAUCAGCAAGUGGACAGUGGUGGCACGGUGGUGCUGGUGAGUCAGGACGGCAUCCAGAGGCCCCCGCUGCGCUUCCCCAGGGGGGGCCACCUGCUGCAGUUCCUCUCCUGCCUGGAGAACGGCCUGCUGCCCCAUGGACAACUGGACCCCCCGCUCUGGGCACAGAGAGGAAAGGGCAAGGUGUUCCCCCCACUGAGAAAACGGGGUACCCCGAGCACCUCUGACUCCAGCACCUUGGACAAGGAAGAAGAUGAGGCCACAGACUAUGUCUUCCGGAUCCUCUUCCCAAACAGCCAAUCAGAAUUUGCACCACCAGAGCUGAUGGAACAGGCUCCGCCCAUCUGGCAGCCCACACCCAGGAAGUCGUCCUGCUCUUCCUGCUCCCAGAGCAGCUUCUCAGAGGGAGCGCCCCCUAAUGGAUGCAACCAUGAAAGGGCGCCUCUAAAGCUCCUUUGUGACAACAUGAAGUAUCAGAUCAUCUCCAGAGCUUUCUAUGGCUGGCUGGCCUACUGUCGCCACCUGUCCACCGUGCGUACCCACCUGUCGGCGCUGGUCAACCACACCAUAGUGGCCCCAGAUGCCCCCUGCGAUGCCUGCAGCGGCCUCACUGCUGACGUGUGGCAGAGCUUCCUACAGGACUGCAGUUCUUGUGAGGAGACUGAGCUUCUGAGGCUGGUGUACUUCGGAGGGGUGGAGCCAUCUCUUCGUAAGGAGGUGUGGCCUUUCCUGUUGGGCCACUACCGGUUUGGCAUGACUGAGGACAAGAGGAAAGAGGUGGACGAGCAGGUGCGCGUGUACUACGAGCAGACGAUGAGCGAGUGGCAGGGCUGCGAGGCGGUGGUGAAGCAGCGGGAGCGGGAGCAGCACGCCGUGGCCCUGGCCAAGUGCUCCUCCGGGGCCAGCAUCGACAGCACCUCCACCUCACAGAAGCUCAUGCACCGCGACUCCACACUUAGUAAUGAGUCUUCGCAGAGCUGCAGCUCAGACAGGCAGCCUCGCCUCCAGAGUGACUCCAGCAGCAGUACACAGUUCUUCACAUCCAACCCCUUCCCCUGGAGUAGCAUGCUUCCCUUUGGCUUUUUCCUCCAGGUGUUCGAGUCAGUGGAAGAGGUGGAGCAGAUUGAGACGGAGCCCAGCUUCAAGCAAGGGGACGAGCCCCAAAAGGCACCCCAAAAAAUGGCCAACGGCGGGACACUCCAGAACGGCAGCACCGGCUCCCCAGAUUCGGGACACCCUUCGUCCAGGAACUUCUCCACGGCCUCGGGCUUGUCGGACUCGCUGAGCACGGAGGACAGCGGCGUGCACGAGCCCAGCGCAAGGCCACAGCAGCCUUCUGCAUCACCACAGGUGGCCUCUCAAGGUCAGCAAGGUCAAUUUGAAGGUCAAGGUCAAGGUCAGCAAGAUCAAUCCACAGGUCAACAAGGUCAACAGGCGCAAGAGGCCACGCCACAACAGGUGCAGUCACCUGAGGGUCAACAGGUGCAGACGGCCUCACCUCAACAAGUACAGUCACCUCAGAUUGAACAGGUGCAGGAAGCCAAGCCCAGCCAAGUGCAGUUACCUGAAGGUCAACAGCUCUCAUCUGAUAUCCAACAGGAGCAGAUGGCCUCACCGCAACAGAUGGGGUCGCCUGAGCAUCAACAGGUGCUGGAAGUCACGCUUCAACAGGUGCAGAGUGAUGAAGUUCAGGAAAACACUCCCCCACUGGUGCAGUCACCACCUGAGAAUCUGCAGCUCUCACCUGAGUCUCAACAGGAACAAUCAUCCGUGCCUAAACAGGAUCUGAAACCGCAGUCACCUCAGAGUCAGAGUCUGCUAAUGCCAACAUCCCCCCUCCCACAGGCCCCCUCUCAGACUCAAGAGGUACAGGCAGCCUCACUCCAACAGGAGCAAUCACCUGACAGUAAAGAGUUUUCAUCUCAGAGUCAAGAGGGGCAGACGACGUUGCCUCAACAGGUGGUGUCACCUCACAGUCCACAGGAUCCAAAAAUGCCAUCACCUCAGAGUUCACGGAUGCCAACUCUCCCCUUGCAGCAGGUUCCCUCUCCCAGCCAAGAGGUGCCGUCACCUCAAAGUGAACAGGUUCCAACAACUUCAACCCAACAGGUGCAGUCACCUCAGAUUGAGCUGGCUGAGAAAGAUACAACCCAACAGAUGUCUCCUCAGAGUGAACAGACACAGGCUGUGUCACUUUCAAGUGAACAGGUUGACACUGCAACAGCCUCAAAGGUGCAGUCCCCUCAGACAAAGCAGAUGCAAACAGCAUCACCGCAACAGGCUGUAUCACCUCAAAGUGAACAGCUUCCAACAUCAUCACCACAACAGGUGGCAUCACCUCAAAGUGAACCGGUUGAGACAGCAACAUCGCCAAAGGUGCAGUCCCCUCAGACUCAAGAGGCACCUAUAGCCUCACCCCAACAGGUGCAGUCACCUCACAGUGAACUGGUGCAACAGGUGUCACCUCAUAUUGAACAGAUGCCAAGUACCACGCCUCAACAAGUGUCACCUCAGAGGAAACAGGUUGAGACAGCAGCAGCAACUCCAAAGGUGCAGCCCCCUGAGAGUGAACAGGUUCAGUCACCUGUGUCCCCAAGGCCUUUGAUCAGUGCAGACCCCAAAACCCCAAAAGAGGGUGAAAGUGAAAAACAGGAAGAGGAAUCCCAGCAGGAUCAGGAGUCACCGGUCGUCACUGAGGUGACAAUGGUCACACAGGUGGUGAAUGAGGAAGCAGACAAGGCCAGGAGUGAGGAGAAAACAGUAGAGGUGGAGGAGGACGGCAUACACGGUGAAGAUAACGUUAGUGUAGCUGCUGAGGUGAAAAAUGUUGUUGAGGAUGAGCGGGAGGAGGAAAAUGAGGUGGCGGUUGAGAAAGACAGCAGUGGCAAAGAUGAAGAUACAGAGGGAGCCGAGGAGGGCUCACAGGUGGACGAUAUUGCCAUGGAGACUGGGGCGUCGGUGACAGAGGAAAGAAAAAUACAAUGUGCAAAGGAAGGCAGUGGCACAGAGGAAUCAGAUGAGAUUGAGGAGAUGGUAGAGAGGGUGAAUGAAAAAGAGGAAACAGCUAAAAAUGAAAAGCACACAGAUGCAGAGGCAGAUAGAGAAAAAGAAACCGAGAAAACCAUUACAGAAGAUCCAGACAGAGAGGCCGAGCAUGAAAAAAGCCUUGAGGCAGAGACAGAGAGAAAGAAAGCAAAACAGACAAACGCAGAGGCAGACACAGUCAGAGAGAAAGAAGAAACAGGGAUCGAUGUUACAGAAGAGCCAGACAGAGAGACAGAGACAGAAACAGGCUCAAAAACAGAGGCAGAGUCAGACACAGGUGCUUUACUAGUAAUGGUGUCAGAGACGGCUGAGUGCGCUGACACAUCGGAGGCCUCCACAGAAGAAGAUCUUAGCAGAGCUCAGGUGGUGGGUGGCAUAAUGGUUGCCGAGACAAAAGCAGACUUCACAUCAGAAGCAGCGGCACAGCAACAACCCAUUCACAUAGCAGCAGCAGCAGCAGAGCAGGAGGACAGCAUGUCGGAGACAGGCAAAUCUAUAGACACAAAAGGAGGCGACACACCAUCAGACACAGAGGGAGCUCGUUGUGAAAUACUAGAGGAUGUAACCUCGCCGGGAGCCGAGAAGCCUGCAGAGAGACAACAAGAUGACACAUCAGACAUGAGCAGGGAAGUGAUAGCAGAGACAGAGGAGAUCUCUAUGCCCAUUACAACUGAAGUACAAGCAGAGCCCAUCAUCAAUACAGAAGCUGUGGACACAAAAACCACAGACAUAAGAGCUGAUACUCUACAUAAAAGUGAGGAUUUAGAAACUGUCGAACCUCUGCCUGACACAGUGUUACAGACAGACACCACUAAUGUGAAUGAUGAUACUGCCACAGAGGUAGACCAGGGCAUAAAAGCAGCAGGGACAGACAGGUUGUCACUAACAGGGCAAAAUGGCUCCUGUGAAGAAACAGAGGAAAGUGCAAAGUCAUGCAAGAUGGAGACAGCAGUACCUGAAAAGGAUGACAAUGACAACAAGGCAGUUGUUGAGAUGAAGGAUGCCAGCGCCUUGACAACAGAGGAUGAAACCGAUGAUGACAUGGGGAAGAGCACGACGUCACCACAUGACAGUGCAGACACACCAGGUGACAUGGCAACAAGCGGUGACAAGAAUUUAGCCGGAGGAGAAGAGAAACAAAGAGGAGAAGAAAGCACAAAAGGUGCAAUGACGUCCAUCAGCGCAGAGGAGACAGACGGGGGGACAGAGGAAGUCAUUUCAGAUGCCAUGUCAGUCACUGGGGAGGCAGCGGAGGCAGAUACUGAACGGUCACCAGCCACAGAUAUUAACACACACUUGGAAGACAAUGAGGCUGAAGAUAUUGACUCAAACAUUAAAAAACAGGAUUCUGGGAACAGAACAGAGAGUACACCUCCACCACCGGCAUUCACGCCUCCACCUGAGGAAUCCCAGGUCACACCCUGCCUCACGCAGGUAACCAAAGUGUUGGAGAUGGAGUCCACAAUGCCACCUGAACCCCAGGUUCCAGCAUCCACCCCAGAGACAAUUCCACCUGAACCACAAGUUCCAGAAUCUACCCCACAGACAAUUCCACCUGAACCCCAAGUUCCAGAAUCUACCCCACAGACAAUUCCACCUGAACGCCAAGUUCCAUCAUCCACAAUUCCUCCUGAACGCCAAGUUCCAGCAUCCAUCCUACAGACAAUUCCACCUGAACGCCAAGUUCCAAUAUCCAUGAUCCCGCAGGCCAAUAGAGUGCUGGAAGUGGUGAUGGUACACCAGCCCCAGGCUCCCCCGGAUGCCCCGGACUCGGACGAGUCCCCAACAGCCAUUGAGAUGGAGGACAUCCCCACAGCCCAGGCAUCGUGGCCAGCCAAGUCCUCCUUUGAUGCAGGCACAGCAGACCAGUCAAAGGGAGAAGUGGCUGGGCCCACGACAGACAUGGGAACUAAGCAAGCCUCAGAGGACUCGAAGGAGGCAGGGAUGGAGAGCCUGUACCCACAGUUUGAUUCCCUUGUUGGGGCAUCAGAAAAGGCCGAAUCCACCGCUGGUCCAUCUGUCCCUUCCACUUCCACCCCCUACUCUCAAGAGCUGUUGGACGUAUAUACGCUCAAUCUCCACCGUAUCGACAAGGACGUGCAGCGCUGCGACAGGAACUACUGGUACUUCACACCGGCCAAUCUCGAAAAAUUGCGCAACAUUAUGUGCAGUUAUAUCUGGCGGCACCUGGAUACGGGCUAUGUGCAGGGAAUGUGUGACCUCCUGGCCCCUCUGCUGGUGAUCCUAGAUGACGAGGCCCUGGCCUACAGUUGCUUCAGCGAGCUGAUGAAGAGAAUGAACCAGAAUUUCCCUCAUGGUGGGGCCAUGGACACACACUUCGCCAACAUGAGAUCUCUCAUCCAGAUCCUGGACUCUGAGCUUUUUGAACUGAUGCACCAAAACGGAGACUACACCCACUUCUACUUCUGCUACCGCUGGUUCCUGCUUGACUUCAAACGUGAGCUGGUUUAUGACGACGUGUUCUCGGUGUGGGAGACCAUCUGGGCGGCUAAGUGUGUGUCCUCCAGCCACUUUGUCCUCUUCAUCGCCUUGGCCCUGGUGGAGAUCUACCGAGACAUCAUUCUGGAGAACAACAUGGACUUCACAGACAUCAUCAAGUUCUUCAAUGAAAUGGCGGAGCAUCACAACAUCAAGCAGAUUCUCACUCUAGCCAGAGAGCUGGUUUGCCAAGUCCAGACGCUCAUCGAAAACAAGUAAAGGAGAGCCUGGAUCUCUCUCUCUCUUUCUUUCUCCCUCUAUCUCUCUGUCUCUGUCUCUGUCUCUCUCUCUCUCUCUCCAAAAGAAGCUUCCCGCUGUCCCCUGCUGCAUCACUCAGGAAGUCUUGUAUUGCCGACUUCCCAGGCCUUAAGAAGUUUAAGUAACCUCACAAUCAAAGAACUGAACUCUCGCCCCUUCUCUUACGGUGCCCAGACCUCCUCUCUCCAUCACACCACCACAGCAUUCUCCUUGUCAGUGUGACACACAUCUGUUAUAAAGCCACACUUGCUAUGUUUACAUGAGACAUUUCAUUCAGAUUUAAUUCACUUUAGUUCUGAAUAAAUCUUAAUUCCGCUUUGAAAACGUCAUGUAAACACUUCACAAUUCGGAAUGAAAUGAAAGCUCAAAGUAAACUCGACGGAACUAUUUAAUUCUGAAUUAUUCAUUCUGAAUUAAAAAUGUCAUGUAAACGUAAUCAAUGUAAGCCUACCAGUCUCUGUCUUGAUCACCCUUGGAUAUGAUGACGAUGAUGACGGUGAUGAUGACCAUGGUGGUGAUGAUGAUGUUGUCCGUUUCUCUUCGGCGCUAUUUGUGGAUCCGAAUGUUUCUGCAUACCCGCUGGCUGUACUUUUAGUGAUUGCGGGAAUUGUCUCCCAGUGCUGCUGCUGCUGCUGUCUUGUUUUGUCAGUGUUUCUGUGAGGUGGUGCAUGGGUGUAGUCAGAGGACCAUCCUUUUGUGUCUCUGUGAUCAACAUGGUAUACAGUACUUGUUGUCAGUUUGGUGAGAUUGUUAGCGAACAGCUUGUUGCACUCAAUAAUGCCAAGUUCAACAGCAGAUAGAGUAGACUCCCAUAGAGCAUUGAGGGUAACUAUUGAUAACUUCUGUACUGUACACUGAUGAGUUUAAAGAUCGGCAGGUCAACGGUGUUGAGUUUAACAACAGACUCAACCUAACACUGUGUUUUGAAAUUGACUUGUACACGUACAAUGACAUAGAAUGACAUGUAGAAUGUCAUUGUUACACUACUGUGAGUGAGUUUAACAGCAGAGUGCUGCCACAACACCAGAGUAAAUUAGCUUUUUUAAACAGUGUUUAAAACACAGAUGAGCUCCAGUAGUUGUAGAUGACAGCAGCUUACCUCACCAUAUAAAGUGAUUUGGCAGUAUGAUCCAGCCACACCCUCCAUGUGGCACAACGUGUGAGGCGGUGCUUACCAGUUUGAGAGAAGUCUUACUAGAGCAGUUAACUAUAAUGUUGGCAAGGUUAAUAUCUUAUCAAUUCAAAUGUUUUGUCAACUCUUUCUGCCCAUACUGUGUCCCACAGUAUUACUCCACAUCCGCAGUAUAUCAUAGAACAAAUCACUAAGCUCAACUGAACCACACACGCAAUAGAAAAUCUAACGGUAUAGUGUCCAUCAGAGGAACUCUCCAGACAAUGUCUGUGCCAUUGCCUUUUGCCAACUUUAUUCAGAGAUGUCAGUCGUAGGGAGGGAAAGAUGUAGUAUUCCUUCCUUCUGCCUUCCUCUGCUCUGAACUAUAGGUGACGUCAGCAAGUAGUAGAUUAUAUUUUAAAUAUCAAAAAAUGUGGCAAGUUUUUGCUUUCCUUCACUGGGAUUGAAGCCCCGGGUUGUUUGAGGAAAAGGACAAGAGAGUUAGCACAGGUACACUGUACAUUGUCAUUGCAGGGACUUGGUCUUGGCCUAUUGGUGACGAGGGAGAGGGGUAUCCAAAGGAAGUGUGAACGUCAAUGAGUGUAUGACACACCAUUUCAGUGCACGUACAUACUGUAUAUCUCUGUAUAUCUUUUAAUUGUGAGUGCAUGUGCGUGUGUGUUUUGGGGAGCGAGUGUGUAGGGAAGUUGGAAGGUGUGCCAAGGUAGAGGCCAAAGAGAGUAGAUUAGAGAAAGAGGAUUCAAACUCCGCCCACCCAAUGCAAAGGAGUGUGUUCAAGUUUGGUCUCCUAAGGGGGUGUUGUCCCCUCCUUCUUCUUCUCUUUCUGUGGCAUUUGAUGACGGCUUGCAUAAGAUGUGCGCUACCGCCAUCUACAGUGCCAAGGGAACUUCAUUUAUUCUCAACCUAAAGCCUCCAAAGGUCUCCUAACCGCAUUCACAUGACAUCACAAGAAUCCAGGAAAUGCACUUGCUUGAAGUAUCUUACUCUGAAGUACUCUCUUUGGUACAGGCAGUUAAAACACACCCAGUGCUACAUUUCUAUAGAUUUAUUACAUAUUCAGAGACCUAUUUAUGAUGUGCUAUGUAUGUGACCAGGUUGCUUGAGCGGGGGAAAAAAACAAAGCAGAAAAUCCAUAGCUCUUAUUUCUCUUAUCUGUGACGUAUUGUGUGAGUGAGUGUUAUGCCUCCAGCAUAUGCCACAGAUGACCUAGCACCAUACAUGUCCUUUUCGGCUUCCGUCCUUUGUACGAGAUUUCCCUAUCAAGAAAACAUGUUUUUGAAGGACAUUUCUAAACUCUAGGCUUUCCAUUGUAUGCCCUUAUAGCUUUCUAUUUUUAUUAAUAUAAUGCAUUUGUGAAGAAGAAUUAGCAAAACGUGUUUGGAAACACAAUGCUAACUUGUGAUUCAAUGACUGUACAUUGUUUGGACACAGCACGGUUCAACGAGUUUGAAGCAUUUUCAACUGUCAUUUUUGGAUUGGAUUGCUGGAUUACCUGGUUGGAAGGGCCAACUCGGUAUCAGUUUAGCCCACUCGAUAUCAUUAUAUUGGCCACGUUCAAGAUGCUGCACGAUGCACUGAUUUGCACAGUGCACAAACGCGCUGCAAGAUUAUAAUGCAUUCUGGCUAGAAAUCUACGCACCACACAGAAUCACAAAUGUGACUAUUGAGUCAGCCUUUUUGAUUCCAACUAGGACAUCCAUUCUUCUGUUGCAAAUUAAUCGACAGCUGAAAAAUGCCUCAAAUUAUCUGAAUUAUCUGAAUAGACUGCAAGCUUGCUGUCCAUUCUAACAUACAGUCAUUACAUGUGUGUGAUUAAUGUGUACUGUACAUGUACAAGUAUGUAUUAUUAUGUUGCACUUUCCAGAAACACCAGUCAUGGUAUGCCAAUCACAGCUCAGGGGGGUCUUCUGAAGAGGUGGGUCAGUAGCAAACCAGGUGAAGUUAACCUGGAUGUGGUGGUAAGUCAGCUCAUUAAAGUGCCUGUAGCCCUUAUUUUCUUUGACACCCAGGGCCUAUACUAAGAAGCUAGUUCAGGAGUAAA